UGCAGCGGCAUCAUCAGCUCAACAUAUAAAGUUUGGUCGAGAGGAGGAGGUCAGACGUACGUGCAGAGCUGUAGCUAUCCAGAAGCAACCGAGAGCCGACUCGAUCAGGUGGAAAUCAUUCAACUUGGAUUGAUUUGAUGGCGCGCGGGAAGGUAGCGGAGUGGAUACGGAAGCGGACGAUGCCGAGGAAGACGUCCUCGUCCCGUCGCCGGAGCAGUACUCCCAGUGCGGCGUCGGAGGAGCCGAUACUAAGAGAGGCAGCGCCGGAGAGCUGGAGCAGUAGUGCCAGCAGGUCGCUGGAGCGGACUCCUACGAAGGCCGCCGCAAGCGGACCGCCGCCGACGGCUUCAAAGGUGCGGUCGACCGCCUUGCCGGCGAUGCUACGGUGGCGGCCGCGCGUGAACGUGGUGGCCGUGCUGUACGGGAAGGUGGUGUACCACCUGAUGUGGCUGGUCGAGUCCGUCGUGGUGGUGGGAAGGCUUGUCUUCUUCCUCAUGCGCUUCGGCUUCAAGCAGCUCUGAAUUCUCCUUCGGCUAUGGUGC